AUGGAGAAAGCUAACUGGAUAUAUCAGCACCUCACCAAAAACAUCCUGAGUGAGCCAGACUUGGAGCCGCGGUAUGAGAUGGAAAAGCUGUUGGAUCAGGAAGGCAGUCACAAGGUUAUCGUCAAUGUGGCUGGCAUGAGGUUUGAGACACAGCAGAAGACCCUGGCCCGGUUUCCAGACACAUUACUGGGGGAUCCCCUCCGCUGUCUGCCUUACUUUGACCCCCUCACCAACCAGUAUUUCUUUGACAGGAACCGGCCGAGUUUUGAUGGGAUUCUCUAUUAUUAUCAGUCAGGUGGUAAGCUUCGGAGACCUGUCAAUGUACCCCUGGAUGUCUUCACUGAUGAGAUCAUCUUCUACCAGUUAGGUCCUGAAGCCAUGGAGCAGUUUAGGGAAGAGGAGGGUUUCAUCAAGGAGUUGGAGGUUCCUCUUCCUGUGAGGGAUAGCCUCAAGCAGUUGUGGUUAGUUUUUGAGUACCCAGAGAGUUCAGGGGCAGCCCGCGGAGUAGCCUUGGUCUCUCUAUUUGUCAUCAUUAUCUCCAUCAUUGUAUUCUGCCUGGAGACACUGCCCGAGUUUCGGGAAGGUACUGAGCUGGGUAGCCCCAGCCAUUUGGCCAACCCAACACAAAGCAAUGUCACCAAUACCGAUCUCUUCACCGAUCCCUUCUUUCUCAUUGAGAGCUUGUGCAUGAUCUGGUUCUCCUUUGAACUGCUGGUCAGAUCCUUGGUUUGUCCUAGUAAGCGUGACUUCUUCAGUGACAUAAUGAACAUCAUCGAUGUGAUUGCCAUCAUCCCAUACUUUGUAACUCUCAUCACUGAGCUGGCAGAGCAGCAGCAACAGGCGGGCAAUGGACAGCAGGCCAUGUCCCUAACCAUCCUGAGGGUCAUCCGCUUGGUCAGAGUCUUUCGGAUCUUCAAGCUGUCCAGACACUCUAAAGGGCUACAGAUCCUUGGGCAGACCCUGAAGGCCAGUAUGAGGGAGCUGGGUCUCCUCAUCUUCUUCCUCUUCAUUGGAGUCAUCCUCUUCUCCAGCGCUGUCUACUUUGCUGAGGUGGAUGAGCCCCAGACUCAGUUCUCCAGUAUUCCUGAUGGCUUUUGGUGGGCAGUGGUGACCAUGACAACAGUUGGCUAUGGAGACAUGUGUCCUGUAACCAUAGGGGGUAAGAUGGUGGGGACUCUGUGCGCCAUUACUGGGGUAUUAACCAUUGCCCUUCCCGUGCCCGUUAUUGUCUCCAAUUUUAACUACUUCUAUCACCGGGAAACAGGGAAUGAGGAGAAGCUGAACCCUCAAGAGAGUCCUGAGCAUCCAGCUCUGCUCCUGGCAUCUUCUGUCCCAUGA